ACCCCAAAUUACUUUUACGAUAUAUAUACUAUAUGGUAACAUAUACAUUUCCUCUGGUUUUCUUGUAUAUACUUGUCUACUACGUACUAUAGCACUCUACCAUCAGGCUCUUUUGGGUGCCCAUAAUCCGAUUGGGCAAAUGGAAGCUUGGUAUUCGACAAAUCCUUUAGCAACGCGACCUAGAUUCGAGAAUACAAGCUUGCCUAUUUAUCCACAGAGGCCAGGAGAGAAAGAUUGUGUCCACUAUAUGCAAACAAGAACCUGUAAAUUUGGAGAGGGCUGCAAGUUUGACCAUCCUAUUUGGGUUCCUGAUGGUGGAGUCCCAGAUUGGAAAGAGGUUCCACUUGUUGCUCCAAGUGAGUCCCUUCCCGAGAGACCUGGAGCGCCCGAUUGUCCAUACUUUUUAAAAACUCAAAGAUGCAAGUUUAAUCAUCCAAAGGACACACUGGCCACUGCGGGCGCUUCAAAAAAUGGUGAUGUUAUGCCUUACCCGAGAGGCCUUCUGAACCCGCAUGUGCAUUCUACUUGAAACCUGGGCAAUGCAAGUAUGGUGCAACCUGCAAAUUUAAUCACCCAAAAGACAUCCAGAUACCAUCAGCCACUCAAGAGAAUAAAUCUGGCGAAACUGAGACAGAUCUUAAGACGGAGGGCACUGAAGUUGCUGUGAAGCCUCUUGAUUCAUUCACUCCAGCACUAUUGUAUAACUCCAAAGAGCUUCCUGUAAGACCGGGUGAAGCUGAUUGUCCGUUCUACCUGAAAACUGGAAGGUCAGUUAUGUCUUAUUUUGUUGUUUGGUUAUGAUUACUAUAGACGACCAAGAACUCAUAAUGGCUUUUGUUCUCUUAAAUCAGCUGCAAGUAUGGGGCCACUUGCUGGUACAAUCACCCUGA